GUUGGUAUCAUUGUCGGUUUCCUGAAUAUGGAGGAGUCCAGUAUCAAUACGCGACGAUCCUAUGCCGGGGACUCAUGUACCGUUCGCUACGUGGGCACAGUCGAGGGCACCUCCGGCGAAUGGUUAGGGGUCGAAUGGGAUGACCCGACACGGGGGAAGCACUCCGGCGAGCAUCGCGGGGUGAGAUACUUUACAUGCAAGAACAAACACCCCACGGCAGGGUCAUUCGUGCGUCCGUCUCGCCCAGCAGAUAAACCCCGAGGAUUCCUCGAGGCCCUGCGCGAGAAGUAUGCUUCUGAGUUCCUGGAACAGAAGGAAGGUGGGCAUGCUGCUGGCGAUGUUCAUCACGAGCCUAUUCGUUUCAACAGCAAGAUCGCCGAAGAAGUUGGCUUCGAUAAGAUCCGCAAGCAGCUUGCUCAACUUCAAGAUCUGAAGAUCGUGCUCCUCGAUGGAUUACGUGUUUCCGGUGUUCUGGGCCACGAGGCCAACUCGGAAGAUGUUGAGUCUGCGUACUCGGAGAUCGAGCAGACAUGUCCUCAGAUUACCGAGCUGGAUUUGAGUCGAAACCUGUUGACGUCUUGGAGUGGUAUCGCUCAGAUCUGCAGAAGGUUGAAACUGCUGAAAACGCUGAGAUUGAUUGGAAACCGCCUCGGCCCCAUCGAGGAAGGACUAAAGUUUGAGGGUAUCACAGGACUUCAUCUGGACGAUACGCUUCUCACUUGGGAGGAGGUAUCAGCAUUGACGUAUCAGUUUCCGGCGCUCACAUCUCUCUCCGUAUCAGCCAAUCAAUUCUCAGUGCUAACAACACCCAUAUCAAACACCAUCACACGAUUAACUCUGGAAAACAAUGACCUCGCAUCUCUAUCCUCCAUCAAAUCCCUCGCCGCUCUACCAAAUCUAGAGCACCUCUCCCUACGAGGAAACAACAUCUCCUCGAUAUUCAACAGCCCCUCAGACGAACCAUUCCACUUUCCGCAAAGCGCCCACUCCAUCGACCUAUCCCGUAACAAAAUCAACUCCUGGGGUUUCGUCAACCUGCUCACAUCCAUAUUCCCUGGCCUCGACACCCUCCGGAUAUCCGGAAAUCCGCUCUACGACCAGCCCAUCGGACCAUCCAGUAUCACCGGCGUCCCAGAAAAGCCCAUGACCGUUGACGAGUCCUACAUGUUGACGCUGGCCCGGGUUGCCUCCCUACAAGUCCUUAACUACGGCAAAAUCACCGAUAAGGAUCGCAGCAACGGGGAGCUAUACUAUCUCUCACUUAUCGGGAAAGAGGUAUCUGCGUCCCCUGAGACAGCAGAGCAGAGCAUCCUCGCCGCACACCCUCGAUACAAAGAACUGUGCGAGAUAUACGGCCAGCCUGUGAUCAGGAGGGUUGAGGCCGGGUCCGCCGGCGCUGUAAAUCCACGAUCUAUCGCCGCGCGGCUAGUGAAGUUGAUAUUUCACCUUCGUCGGACAGCAGCAGCAUCGAACAGCGCGGAUAUUGCCCAACACGGAGAACCCGCCUCUACAGCUGAACAGAGUGCAGUCAAGACCAAAGAGAUACCCCGAUCGUUUGAUACAUACCAGGUUAAGGCCAUUGUUUCUCGCCUCUUUGGGCUUCCGCCGUAUACGUUCAAGUUGGUCUGGGAGACAGAUGAGCUGGAUCCCGUGAGCCGGGAGAAGAUGGAAGAUGACGAGGAUUGGGAUAGUGAAGACGAUGAUGCUGUCCAGGGGCAUGAUGAAGCGCCGGCUGAUGGACCGGGGUUCGUGAAACGAGAGGUCGAGCUUGUCGAUACUACCAAGGAUAUCGGGUUCUGGUUCCAGGCGGAUUUGGCUGAGGCAAGGAUCCGGGUGGAAGCUACUGCUUCAACAUAAACAAGUCAGGGCAUUUGAACGUAAUACGUCUAAACAUGUCGAAGAUUAUUCCAAACAUGAACUGUUUGUCUUGU